AAACUUGAAAAUCCAAGGAGUUAUUAUUUCACUGAGUUUAUUUUAGGUAAGAGAACUCUACUAUGAAGAUGCUGCAUGUUGACCUACUACUUCUAAGUUUCUGCCUUGGUCUGAGGACAGGAUACAGUGCUGUUGGUAAGAGACAGUAUCAGAUCCAGAACGGUCCGUGCAGCUACACCUUUCUGCUGCCGGAGCAGGAGAACUGUCAGACCCAGGCCAACAGCUACAACUACCCAGUUCAAAAGGACGGACCUGUGGACAACGACGAGUCAGCGCAGAGGCUGGAGCAGCUGGAGAUCACCAUGGAGAACAACACGCAGUGGCUGCUCAAGUUAGAGAACUACAUACAGGACAGUAUGAAACAGGACAUGGUCCAAAUCCAACAGAGUGCAGUCCAUAACCACACAGCUACGAUGAUAGAAAUUGGAACAAACCUGCUGAGUCAAACCGUCGAGCAAACAAGGAAACUGACCAACGUGGAGGCACAGGUAAUUCAUCAUACAACUCGACUUGAGCGGCAACUCCUUGAAAAUUCCUUGUCGACCAACAAGUUGGAAAAACAACUAAUUGUCCAAACAAAUGAAAUCAACAAACUGAACAACAAAAACAGCAUCCUGGAGAAGAAGGUGGGGGAGAUGGAGGAGCAGAGGCAGGUGGAGCUGAAGAUGGUCAAAGAGGAGAAGGAGCAGCUCCAGACUCUGAUACUGAGGCAGACCGCCAUCAUAGGUGAGCUGGAGCAACAGCUGCUCAAAGUCUCCUCCAACAACUCUGUCCUGCAGCAUCAGCAGCAGGAGCUGCUGGACACCCUCAACAACCUCAUUCACAGCAUCACUGUGAGCUCAGCUCGAGAGACCAAAACCAUCAUGAUGCAGGACACGCCAACCACGUUCAUGGACUGUGCUGCUGUCUACAAGUCAGGAAACACCCAAAGUGGAGUCUACACGCUCACAUUACCCAACACCACGAUGGAGGUUAAGGCUUUUUGUGACAUGGAGACAGAAGGAGGAGGCUGGACAGUGCUACAAAAACGCUUCGACGGCCGUGUUGACUUUCACCGUACGUGGCAGGAGUACAAAAAGGGGUUCGGAGAACCUUCAAAUGAAUUCUGGUUAGGAAAUGAAUUUGUCUCCAGACUGACGAGUCAACAGAUGUACAUACUGAGGAUCCAGCUGAGUGACUGGGAAGGAAACUCUGGAUUUUCACAAUAUGAUCAGUUUUCUCUUGACGGCGAAGCACAAAAUUACAGGAUACACCUUAAAGGCUACAGUGGAACAGCAGGCAAAAUAAGCAGCAUCGGGCAGCCAGGAAGUGAUUUCAGUACAAAGGAUGCAGACAAUGACAAAUGUGUUUGCAAAUGUUCACAGCUGACAACAGGGGGUUGGUGGUUUGAUGCUUGCGGUCCCUCCAAUUUGAAUGGGAUGUAUUACCAGCAAGGCCAAAACUCAAAUCGAUUCAACGGAAUCAAAUGGUACUACUGGAAAGGUUCGGGCUAUUCACUGCAGUCCACAAUGAUGAUGAUGAGACCAGCAGACUUCACGGGUCCCCUCUGAACCAUCAGGAAAAUGUGCCCGACAAACAGCCACAAACAAAACCGCCCCAAAAAUCCUCAAGGGAGCCAAAGCUCAACGUGAAAAUAUUUUUUACACACCUUUGUGCAUCUUUAUGUUUAAUAAUUUGGAUUUUGCAAAAAUGUUGAAAUAUGGACUGAAACCAGAGCAAAAUGGGACAUUAACUAAUUUAAUUUCUUGAAUGAUUUUAAUAUAGUUUAAGCAGCUGUUUAACUUUAUUCAAAAUAAUUGCUACCAAUAAUUUUAAGAAGGAGACGAUGGUACAACAUGCAGACAAACAACUGGCGAAAAGUGAUUGUUAUAAAGUGUAAAUGCAAAUGUUAAAUGCCACAGAAAAAAGUUCUC